CCCUCUCUCAGUGACAGAGCCUCUGGGUCCCGUCUAGGUACUGAUUCUGCAUAUCGUGCCCGGGCAGGUGAGGUGCGACAGGUAAAUUUAACACAAUGGAUUUCUCCAAGCUACCCAAAAUCCGUGAUGAAGAUAAAGAAAGCACAUUUGGUUAUGUGCAUGGAGUCUCAGGGCCUGUGGUUACAGCCUGUGACAUGGCGGGUGCUGCUAUGUACGAGCUGGUGAGAGUGGGGCACAGCGAGCUGGUCGGAGAGAUCAUUCGACUGGAAGGUGACAUGGCCACCAUUCAGGUGUAUGAAGAAACUUCUGGUGUUUCUGUCGGAGACCCUGUACUCCGCACUGGUAAACCUCUCUCGGUAGAGCUUGGUCCUGGCAUUAUGGGAGCCAUUUUUGAUGGUAUUCAGAGACCUCUAUCGGAUAUCAGCAGUCAGACCCAAAGUAUCUACAUCCCCAGAGGAGUAAAUGUAUCUGCUCUUAGCAGAGAUAUCAAAUGGGAGUUUACACCCAGCAAAAACCUACGGGUUGGUAGUCAUAUCACUGGUGGAGAUAUUUAUGGGAUUGUCAAUGAGAACUCACUCAUCAAACACAAAAUCAUGUUACCUCCCCGUAACAGAGGAAGCGUGACUUACAUCGCACCGCCUGGGAAUUACGAUGCAUCGGAUGUUGUCCUGGAGCUUGAAUUUGAGGGUAUGAAGGAGAAGUUCAGCAUGGUCCAAGUAUGGCCUGUGCGUCAGGUGCGACCUGUCACUGAAAAGCUACCAGCCAAUCAUCCCUUGCUUACUGGCCAGAGAGUUCUCGAUGCCCUUUUUCCGUGUGUUCAGGGAGGAACUACAGCUAUUCCAGGUGCUUUUGGCUGUGGAAAGACUGUGAUUUCCCAGUCUUUAUCCAAGUACUCCAACAGUGACGUGAUCAUCUAUGUCGGAUGCGGUGAAAGAGGAAAUGAGAUGUCAGAAGUUCUCCGGGACUUCCCUGAGCUCACCAUGGAAGUGGAUGGGAAAGUGGAAUCAAUCAUGAAGAGGACCGCGCUGGUAGCCAACACCUCCAACAUGCCUGUGGCUGCAAGAGAAGCCUCCAUUUACACUGGAAUUACACUAUCAGAAUAUUUCCGAGACAUGGGCUACCACGUCAGUAUGAUGGCCGACUCUACCUCUAGAUGGGCUGAGGCGCUCAGAGAAAUCUCUGGUCGCUUAGCCGAAAUGCCUGCCGACAGUGGAUACCCUGCAUACCUUGGUGCCCGGCUGGCUUCCUUCUAUGAGCGAGCAGGCAGAGUGAAGUGUCUUGGAAACCCUGAGAGAGAAGGGAGUGUCAGCAUUGUAGGAGCAGUUUCUCCACCUGGUGGUGACUUUUCUGAUCCCGUCACAUCUGCUACUCUGGGUAUUGUUCAGGUGUUCUGGGGCUUGGACAAGAAGUUAGCUCAACGCAAGCACUUCCCCUCUGUCAACUGGCUCAUCAGCUACAGCAAGUACAUGCGUGCCUUGGAUGAGUACUAUGACAAACACUUCACAGAGUUCGUUCCUCUGAGGACCAAAGCUAAGGAGAUUCUGCAGGAGGAAGAGGAUCUGGCGGAAAUCGUGCAGCUCGUGGGGAAGGCAUCUUUAGCAGAGACAGAUAAAAUCACUCUGGAGGUAGCAAAACUUAUUAAAGAUGACUUCCUCCAACAAAAUGGGUACACUCCUUAUGACAGGUUCUGUCCAUUCUAUAAGACGGUGGGGAUGCUAUCCAACAUGAUUUCAUUCUAUGAUAUGGCCCGCCGAGCUGUGGAGACCACCGCCCAGAGUGACAAUAAGAUCACGUGGUCCAUUAUCCGUGAGCACAUGGGGGAGAUUCUCUAUAAACUUUCCUCCAUGAAAUUCAAGGAUCCAGUGAAAGACGGCGAAGCAAAGAUCAAGGCCGACUAUGCACAGCUUCUUGAAGAUAUGCAGAAUGCAUUCCGUAGCCUUGAAGACUAGAACUGUGAUUUCUUUCCUCUUCCUCAGCAAGUUCAUACGUGUAUAUUUUCCUGAAUUUCUCAGCUCCAACCCUUCGCUUCCAUAUUGUGCAGCUUUGAGACUAGUGCCUAUGUGUGUUCUCGUUCAUUUUGCUGUUUCUUUGGUAGGUCUUAUAAAACAAACAUUCCUUUGUUCCAGUGUUUGACGGAGCUCCCUGACCUUUAUCUGAAGUGGUGAAUGUAGUGCAUAUGAUACACAAUGUAACAUACACGUUGUAACAUGAUACAUACUGUAAACUUGUAUGUAAGGUGACUACCCCUUCCCUCAUCUCCAGUAAACUAAACAGGACUAUUGCAUGUACUCUAUUGGGAAUGGAAGGCCAGAUCUCUGUACUGUGGAUAGGUACUUAAGAAAAGACUCAGUGUUUGUAGUUUAGACCACUGGCAACUUAGUGUUCUGUUGAGUAACUGUUUUCCAGGAAAUAUUUCCAUUUAAAAACAUAAAAGAUUAAUGUUCCAAUUAUUUGUAGCUUCCCCGGUAUCAAUCAGGACUGUUUGUGGGGCACUUGGGAACUAUUUUGUUUUUCUAACAGACAUUUGCAAGGCCGAACAUAAUAGAUAAAUCAGUUCCCUCUGAGAAUGAGAAAGAAUGAAAUGAAAGAGCUAGGUGGUCAAACUUAAAUUGAUAUCAUCUUGUUAAAGCAUAUUUUAUUUCACUAAGAGAAAUUUAAUAUCAAGGACUUUUGUAUACUCAAUUACUAGGAAACCUUUUUUUUUUUAAUACAAUUUAAAAAUCAUUGAAAAUGUGAUCCACAUCAUGGUCGUUCUUUUCCUCAGACUUAGUCAGCCAAGCUUCUCAGAGUGGGGUGGGGCAGGGUUAGACCACCACAGACGUACAGUGCCUGCAGGCAGUCUGCCCCUGGGAGAACACCUGCACUGUGGAGUUUGGGGCCAGAGUGGCAUUGUUUCCACAAGGUACUUGUGUCCUGUGUUUGUUUGCCUGUUGACAUUCUGAAAAUAGCAAAUUUACCAAUUGCAGAAUAUAUUUUCUGUGUUUUCUUUUUCACUGACUCAGAAAGCUUCUCAAAGUAUCUGGUCACAGUAGCUUCCUUUCUGUUGUUAGAGAUGAAAGUUGUUCUUAUAUUUAACUGGUAACAACCAAAAAAAAAAAAAGAUGAAUUUUUGUCUUGCUGUUUCACUGUGUUUAAAUAAUAAUUCUCAUAUUUGCAUAAUAAGGCUCGCUUCAGAGAGCUUGGAGAGCUCCCUAUUCACUCUCAGGCUGAUAGUGCUGGCCAUGCUUCCUCUUCAGGAGGGGGAAGGCUAUUGGAACAUGGCUAACUCUCACGUACACAGUGUAAUAACGAAGUAUUUAUUUAAGCCUUGGUAUGUUGUUUAAAUUAUUAGGUGGUGCAUUUCUUAUGGUCUUUUGGAUAGAUAUAGUCAGUCUACACUUCAAAUGUAAUGUGUAAAUCCUUGCUAGUGCAUGUCUACACAGUGGACUGCUAUUCAAGAAGGAUAUUCUUCCACGUAACAAUUUUAAAACUAUUAAACACUGUUAUCGGAGAUGGAUUAUGCAAUGACUUGUUGAGAGGUGGAUUAACGGUGCUGCUUAAUCGGUUUGCUUCCAGUGUGGCUUCGUAUCCAGAAGCCCUGACCUGUGGAGAUGAGAAAGACUUCAAAACUUGUCUGCUUAUACCUACCAGCAACUUAGGCUUGUGAUCAGAAUGAGUGAUCCCAAGAAACUACUUGACCAAGUUUGUUUUUGUUGUCCUGGAUUCGAGAUGUGCAUUCUUCCUCGCUGUAUGAUGUAUGAGUGUGCAGACGCUACAGAAACAAUGCCCAGAUUUUCACUGUAACUUUCCCUUUGCCCACAUUGUAGAGCUUCAGAUUCUUCACUGAUAGUGCUUCUUUAGUAAGGAUGUGUUAAAAUAUAGCAGUCUUUUUAAAAGAUUAUGCAGUUCUCUAUUUAUUGUGCUGUGCCUGGUCCUAAGUGCAGCCAGUUAAACAAGUUUCAUAUGUAUUUUUCCAGUGUUAAAUCUCAUACCUGUGCCCUUUGGAAACUUCCAUCCUGAACAAUGAAUAGAAGAGGCUAUAUAAAUUGCCUCCUUAUCCUUAAGAUUUCACUAUCUUUAUGUUAAGAGUAAUGUAUAAUUAUUAAAGUCUAUGAAAAAUAAAAAGUGGAUUUAAAUUAA